GUAUUGUCUUCCCAGAGAAGCCAAAGCUGAAGUUCAUGGACAAGGUCCCAGCAGUGCCCAAGGUGCGGGAGCCCCGGCAGCUGCGUGACAUCCGCGGCCCAUCCCAGGAGGCCACCGACUUCACUCAGGGCCAGUACGGGAUCCUGGCCUUGGGGGGUGGGUACCUCCACUGGGGCCACUUCGAGAUGAUCCGCCUGACCAUCGGCCGCAAUAUGGACCCCAAGACCAUGUUUGCCAUCUGGCGCGUGCCGGCCCCCUCCAAGCCGGUGACGCGGAAGAGCCUGGGACACCGCAUGGGGGGCGGCAAAGGCCCCAUCGACCACUAUGUGACAGCGGUGAAGAGCGGGCGUCUGGUGGUGGAGGUAGGCGGGCACUGUGAGUUUGGGGAGGUGAAACCCUUCCUCACGCAGGUGGCCAGAAAACUGCCCUUCCCCGCCAUCCCCAUCAGCCGUGACGGCCUCCAGCAGAUGCGGCAAGAGGAGGAGGAGAAGAGGCUCAACAACCAAAAUCCUUGGACCUUUGAGCGCGUCGUCACUGCCAACAUGCUGGGGAUGCGCAAGUACCUCAGCCCCUAUGACCUGCGGCUAAAGGGACGCUACUGGGGCAAAUUCUUCCUGAAACACAGGGUGUAACGAGCAG